UUAACAAUAGCAGCAAAUUUCAGCCAUUAUUUUAGGCCAUCGCUAAAAUAUUCACCACAGCCCGCGAGUCACUGGUGGAUAUUUGCAGUGGUCAGUUCAAGGCUAAAAAGGCUGUUUUGCUUUCAGUAAUGUUUAACUGGCUGGUUUUGGCCACAACCCACAGUGCCCAAGAAACUGCUACUGUAUUGACUGUGGGAAACAUGAUUUCUGUUCAACCUCUCUGGAAUGCUGUAUAACCCAUCCUGGAAUACUUGAGAACAAUGGCCUGACUGUUUCUCUGGCAAUAUGCAUGGCCACUUCCUCCAGCUGUGUGUAAUCCAAGCUGUAGCCUCUUUUAUCCAUCUAGAACCCAAGAACGCUACUGUGUUGCGAGGCAGUGAGGUCCACUUUAACUGCAGCACCGAUGAAUCCUGGGAUGUCAUGACUUGGCUGUUGGGUGGAAGGACAUUCCUCACUAUUUCGGUGGAACAUGGUCCUCUGGGAAGAGAUGAGAGUGUGUCUACAGUCAAUCACUCCAUGUCAUCUCUGUCAGUGUGGGAGUUAGUUCUGAUGAACGCUUCCUUCAGCCCCACUGUACAGGAAGUCACAUGUGAACUACUGCCAACAAAACUCGGCAGAUCGUCAUCAGCUCUGUUUGUGCAAGAAAAAGGCAAUGUCAGGAUUUUGGAGAGUGAUCAGUCAGUUCAAGAGGGGAUGUUUGUUAUCUUCCAUUGCCAAGCGAGUGGCUGGUAUCCAGACCCUUCAGUGUCCUGGGUGGUCAAUGGCACCACUGUGGACAGAAGCGACUGCAACACCAGCAGUCUUCAGGACCCCAGCGGCCUUUUCAACUCCACCAGUGUGCUUCAGAUGAAAGCAGAGACGAGCACCACGGUGGAGUGUUGGGCAUCUGUGUCUGCCGCUCGAGCCCACCAGAGCAGCAGUGUCGAGCUGACUGUAGUGGCACCGAAAACCCCACAGGACUACACAGUUGUGAUCGCUGUGAUAGUGUCGGUGUGUACGAUCAUUCUGCUGGCAGUGCUCAUCCUGAUCUUAUGCUAUAGAAAAAAAGUGACAAAAUCGAUCUCUGAAAAUAAAGUCAGCCCCUCUUUGUGGACUGUCAAUUUAAGCAGCAGGAGGAGGUCUGUUGCUGAUGAAACUAGAGGAAAAGUUAACCUAGGAUACCACGCUGAAGAUGUAAAAAGUUCAGGACACCAUGACCUCAGGAGCAGAGCUGACGGCACGAUAAACAUCAUCAGCCCUCCGCGGGUUCCUGAUAUCAUAAUUUUCCGCUCACAAAAUCAGAAAGAGGAAGAUUUGUCUACCUUGUACUACAAGGGAGGAAAGACAGUCCGUCGGGUCACCACUGUUUGACCUCAGGGUCAACCCCACAUCAACCACCCACUGCAAGAAAGAGCCAGCUUUCUGUUCAGAGAGACGCCACACAUUCAGUCUGACCUUACUGUUACUCCAAAGAGGUCUUAUAUGCUGAAGAUGAAGAUGCGGUGGCUUGCAUGAGACAUAAUCAUACUGUAUGAGCCCUGCAGUCAUUUAUAGUCAUGGCUGCUGUUAAAUCAGCCACAUCAACACUGCAUAUGUUCUUUUUCAUAGACAAUGACAUUGGAUGUGAUUAUUUUGUACCUUGUUCAAAUGAAAAUAUUUAAGUUAUUUUUUGUUGAUCAAUACUUUACACAAUUUUGUACAUCAGUCUGCAUCUUUAUCAGUAUAGAGGGCUGCAGUGUAUUUUUGUGGGCCAAACUGGAAGUUGGCAUUACCCUGGUUUUUGGAAAAUAAGCUCUGAGACCAACAAAAGUUUAUAAUUACACGUUUUGCUCAUCAUGAUAAUUUUCACAAAUCUUCACAACUUAGGCCUAAAUGCAAUCGGCAGAAGUAAAAAGAUAAAUAUAGGCUAUAAAUAAAUUCUUUCAGUCCUUAUUAAAAAAAAUCCCUGAAAAGUUUGAGUCAUAGAAUAGUUUGCAAGCGAACGAUUAUAAACACAAUGUGCUGUGAACUAGUAAGUAGUAGCUGAGUUUAUCCUUUUCGACAUCCUCUGUAGUUCUAUCUAGCAACUUGUUAGCAGCCGCCUUUUACAAGAAAGUAAAAGCUUAAAAAAAGUUGGUAUUAUGCAUAUGUGUUUUUAUUUAUUUUUGUCAUAGAAUCAAAUGUCAAAAUUCUUGAUUUUUUUUUAAUGAAAGCAUUUAACCACAAACCCAUUCAAAAAAUACAUUGACUUCUGGGCAAUGGAACCCAAAGUGAUAAACUGCGAACUAAUUUCGCUGCUUUUAUUUAUUCUAUUAUUAUUAUUUUCAAAAAGAAAAUUAGUGUUACAGUGUAUCUUUGCAGUACACUACUGUACGGUUAAGUAUUGCUUUGUAUACUGAAUAGUGUCCUUGAGUAUUCCAAAACAUAUAUAUAUAUAUAUAUAUAUAUAUAUAUAUAUAUAUUAUUAUUUUCUCAGAGGGUUCAAGUAAUGUAAGGUAAGUAAUUUCUUUCCCUUCAUGUUUUUUUCCUGCUGGCUGCUCGUCAGUCAUGGAUGGCAACUGCUGAAUAAAUUAGGGUCACCCUUAGUAGGUCACACAAAGCUGUCGUGAUAUGAGAGGGUGAUAACACAACCCUUUUGUUUUUGUUUGGGUCUCCAGACCAGUGUUAUCUUUCCGAGACCUGCUUGUGUUACUGAGGUUUUCAUUUGCCAUUCACAAGCGGUGGAUUGAUGUCAGGGUCAAGCAGACUGUUUCUCUGGGGUGAUUUACAGAGGCCACUGUUUGUCUGUCGAAGACUUCUGCAUCAUUGCUUUUGAAGUCUGUUUCCCUUCUCUCCGCCACUUUCGUCUUGUUUUAUUUCACGUGAUUUCACAGAAUUGUCU